AUGAAUGCUACAGCAAUGAGCCCACUCACUGUUACCCCACUCAGCUUUAUUCCAGACUUCAGAAACGCCACUGCUGUGCCUUUCAACGAGACUGCGUGCGAAAACUGGAAAGAGAUUCAUCACCUUGUUUUCCACGUGGCAAACGCUUGCUUUGCAGUUGGACUGCUCAUUCCAACUACUCUGAACCUCCACAUGAUUUUCCUGCGAGGCCUGCUCACCAUAGGGUGUGCGUUGUUCAUCAUUUGGGCUACACUCUACCGUUGUGCCUUGGACAUACUGAUCUGGAAUUCUGUGUUUUUGGUUGUCAACCUCUUGCAUUUCAUCUUCUUGGUGUAUAAAAGAAGGCCGAUCAAGAUAGAGAAGGAGCUUAGCAGCCUCUACAAAAGAAUGUUUGAACCUCUCCAUGUGCCUCCAGAGCUCUUCCAAAGGCUGACUGGGCAGUUCUGCAACAUUCAGACUUUGAAGAUGGGUCAGGCCUAUGCUGCAGAAGAUAAAACAUCAGUUGACGAUAGGCUGAGCAUCCUGCUGAAGGGGAAAAUGAAGGUUUCUUACCGAGGGCAUUUCCUGCACAACAUUUACCCCUGUGCCUUCAUCGACUCUCCUGAAUUCAGGUCCACGCAGAUGAACCGGGGUGAGAAAUUCCAGGUCACCAUCAUUGCAGACGAUAACUGCAAGUUUCUGUGCUGGUCCAGGGAGAGGCUGACUUAUUUUCUGGACUCUGAGCCAUUUCUGUAUGAGAUCUUUAAGUACCUUAUUGGCAAAGAUAUUACAAAUAAGCUCUAUUCGUUGAAUGACCCCACCUUAAAUGACAAGGCUUCAAAGAAGAUUGACCGUCAGCCCAGUCUUUGCUCCCAGCUGUCGGUGAUGCAGAUGAGGAAUAGCAUGGCCAGUACCAGCGACAGUGAGGAUGGCUUGCAGAUGUUUCUCCGUGGGACGUCCUCUGCAUCCUCUCUCCGCCCAGGCCGGACCUCUCCUUACCUGAGAACCUCAGCAAAAAUGAAGCCAAUAGAAGAAACUGUUGAAGAUGAUGUCUUUGAAGCACCAUCUGCUGAUAAGCUUGAACUCCAGCGGCUCCCUUAAACAGACGUGUCCUGGGGAGUAUCAGAGCUUGCAUAAAGCUCCAGUGCAAGGGGGAGAAGCUGAAUCUGGGAGGAACCUGAGUGCUAAAGCCACCUCUCCAGGUCUGAACGUGGCACAGCAGACGUCAGUGGCU